GCUUUUCUCCGGGUGUUGUCCUCCUUCGCCUUACAAGGCUGCGCGCGAAGCUCCCCCUCCUCCUCGUUGUAGGUGGCAGGGGGCGGAGCUCCUCGCUCGAAGGUUUUGGGACCCUGCCUGGCCCUUCCCUCCUAAAACCGAGCGCGGCGGCCGGAGCUGGUCCUGCGCUCCCGAGCCAAGCCGCCGCCGCGUGCCAAGCAGCUGCAGAGAGGCCGCGCUUUGCAGCUUCCAUGUGUGCCCGGGCCGGAUCGGCGCAGGCAGUUUCCAUCGGGGAUGAAGAAGUAACAAGAAGGAGUUCCAUCUCUGCCAUUCCAGGAAUCUUAAUGAUAAAAGUAGUGAGUGUGAUGGCACUUAUGGAAGAUUUCCUUGGACUCCAAGUUUCUCAGGACUGAGGAACUACCCACAGUUCUUCAAAACCAGUAUAUCAGGUGGCAGAUUUCGUUCCAAGUUCCCUUGGGUCAUCAUGACUGGGAGAAUGGCCUCUAGCCUUACUUGUACUGGAGUGAUCUGGGCCUUGCUUUCCUUCCUCUGUGCUGGAGCCUCCUGUGUGGGUUUCUUCAUGCCUUAUUGGCUGCUGGGUUCUCAGCUGGAGAAGUCAGUCUCUUUUGGCACUUUCCGGAGAUGUUCUUAUCCUGUUCGAGAUGAGAGCCGCCAGAUUACAGUAAUGGUGGAUCAGUGUGGACGCUAUGCAUCCUUCCAGGCCAUUCCCAGUGUGGAAUGGCAGAUCUGCACAGUGGUGACCGGUUUGGGCUGUGGCCUCCUCCUCCUGGUGGCCCUCACUGCACUUAUGGGAUGCUGUGUGUAUGAGCUCAUCUCCAGGACUAUAGGCAGGGUGGCUGGAGGCAUCCAAUUCUUGGGAGGUUUAUUGAUUGGUGCUGGAUGUGCUCUCUAUCCUCUGGGCUGGGACAGUGAAGAAGUCCGACAAGCCUGUGGCAACCUUUCCAGCCAGUAUGAACUAGGCACCUGUGAAAUUGGCUGGGCUUACUACUGUACAGGAGGAGGAGCUGCAGUGGCAAUGUUGAUAUGCACUUGGCUGGCCUGUUUCUCUGGCAAGAAACAAAAACAAUAUCCUUAUUAAAGCCAGAAAAACAACAGAACAAAAUGAACCAGUUUUGGGGAUGGGGGUGGGGGGAACAGUUUGUAAGUUUUCUUGAGAAGAUGCAUACUCUUAAUUGUAGCCAGGUAAAUGCAAACAAGUCAGUGAAGUUGGAACUGAUGUGUGACGCUGUGAAUAGGAAGGAGGUUCUCUGGCUCUUAAGGAGAACCUCAAGCCGAGAAUCCUCAGGGGCUGGGCACUAACUGCAUUCUUCCUAGCCGGUUAUGGGCAUAGUCCAACAACAAGAAGUAACCCCUGUCAUGAAGUGAUGGAAUUUUAGCACACCCUCAGUUGAAGAGAGUUAAAGAACACUGUCUUCGAACACAGCAUUUGGCCUUAGAAAGGUUUCUCUGCCGUGUCAGCAAAUAGGGAAGAAAGGGAGCGUUCCUUCCCCGUUUUGUAACCUGCUUGACUGAGCAAGUGCCAGUUUUCCUAAAGCGUGGUUGUCACAUGCGUGUACAUAGGGAGCCCUGUUUUCAGGCCUUAACACAGUUUGCCUUUAAAGGCAUCCCAGGCUGGUGGAUUGGUCCCCUGCGGAGUAUGAUUUGUUGAAUUUAAUCCGAAAGAGGCAGGGGCCUUUUUUGUGAGACUCUUUGAAAGCACAGCUUCCUACAUUUGCACAGACACUUUUCCUUCAAACACACACAACAAAUGGUAGCCUCAUGGAUCAGUUUUUUAAAAAAAAUGUAUAGCCUUCAGACAUUUGACCAAUCUGCCUGUGUGUGUGUGUGUGUGUGUGUGUGUGUGUGUGUGUGUAACAAAGCAGUUUGAGUAGUAAAUUGCUGUGGCAGUCACUGUUACUCAGGCACAUUUCUAAAACCAACAAAAAUCUUUUCACCUCUACCUAAAAAGCACAGAAAUCUACUCCAGACAUUUCUCUGUCUUGACCAACGCACGUCUCAGCUCAUUGCUUCAUUUACAGAUUACAUACAGAUUUGGCCAAAUUACCUAUUUUAUAAAAGUCUGGGUAGUGAGACACAACUGCUUUUUCAUAUUUAAAAAAAAAGAUUUUAUUGGACAGUUGGAAACAGAAAGUUGGCAGGUGUGGAAUGAAUUCAACACCACAUUAAUAUCCUCUUCAACUUCCAAAUGCCCCCAUGAGGCAGAAUUCAUGUCAGUAAAAGCUAUCAUAAGAUAUUUACCUAUAGUGUGAAGUGUGAUCAGACCUAUUUUUUUCACACUAUCGCACACGUUCAAAAGAUUUUUCAUCCAGUUGUGCAAAGCCACAUACAUCUUCCCAAUAUAUUUUCCCCUGAACUUCUUUUUUUAGAUUUAUAUUUAUUAAGAUCUUUUUUUCAUAGAAUAAAAGACAAAUCAAAAGAAGAAAAAGGGAAGAAGUUCAAGAAAUAAAAAAGAGAAAAAACUAAAGUUAAGGAACAUAUGACUUCCAACCUUUUCAACAGAUAACUACAAUCUUCUUAUCCCUCCUCCCUCUUACAAGUCUCUUCAGCCCCUUAUUUAAUCCAUGUUUCUUAAUCUUCACCCAUGUAUUUUCCCCUGAACUUCCAUUUCCAUCUGUGAUCAGCUACGUAAGCAUACGUGCUCUACCCCUUUUUCGUAAGCCUGAAGCAUAGUACGUACAAACCUUCCUCCUUUGUCAGGUCGUUAAAACAAGAACAAGGGAACAUUUCUCCUCUACUCUACUCCAAGCUUUCCCUCUUCCCAUUCCCUUGGAGAGAAUUAACGUAAGAUAUAAAUAUGCCCUUUUCUCCUUUCUUUCCUUCACAUAUUCACAGGGAAGGGCAACAGGGGAAACGCCACUACCUCUGUGGCUGCUCAUAACUCUCACGUGAAGGGAAGGGCUGCACAAGGCUUGCUGCAAUGUGGAGUUUCCUUUAUGUGGACAGAGCACACCUAUUUUGGUGAUGCACAAGGCCAUGGAGUCAGGCCACCACUUUUACUGGGCUGGUUUUAUUUCAUUGUGAGCACUAUAUUCCCUGCAUAUUUUAUCGUUGCUAAUGGGGUGCAAAACCUCCAACCCAGAUUGUUCCAGUCCAUUCUGAAUGUUUCAGAAGGGAUCGGAUCUGCAAACAGCCAGUAUCAGAGUCGGAACAUUCAGGGACAAAAUGCUUUGCACAUCCCACUCGAUUGCAUUGUGGGGAAAGACCCUCUAAUACCAAUACUGUGGAGUAGAGCAACUGCAAUAAAUACCCUGUGCACUUAGUUUUUGUGUGCACGCGUGCGUGAUAAAUUUGAAUUUCAGUAUUAUGCCACAUUUUAAACAAACAAAAGCUCUAAUGGACUUAGGGACCAUUUUUCCAGUAUUUUAUAUAGUAUAGGUAUGUGUGUUCUCAAGUUUUAUUAAUGUCAUUUUCAGACCUAUAUCAAUUUUAUUAAUCUCAACAUUUUCAAUGUUAUUAAAAAUGCAAUAUUAUACUCAGCAUAUGUAGCCUUUUAGCUAAGAGUAUUCCUACCAAGGGACAGUUCUGUCCAGUGACACUAAUGUGUGUGGCACAGUAAAAUAUUACCACUUAUGCAAGAGCAAUGAAAAGCAUCUUCCAGUUUUUAUUACUAAUGCUGUUAGUAAUUAUUGUUGUAUUGUGCUGUAUUGUUUAUUUUAAUAUUCAUUUUUAUAAUGCAAUAUGUACUAUUUUGUUAGUACUUUAGAAUCUGUAUAAAUAAAUGUCUUCUUCAA